CCUGCUUCUAUUGCUUUCAUUUCCUCCUGGCUCCACACCUAGGGGCAGCUUUGGGAUCCUCCGUUAGCUUCCAUCUCCCCUCACGCAGACAGCAGCAGCUCGUGUAGUCCUUAGCUUAAUUUCAAAACUAACCCACCAAUUUCUUUCCCAGCCCAUCAGUAGGUUUUGUACGUCACAAAAACCAGCUCUUGUUAUCUAAGACAUGUAUAGCUUCCCCCCCACAAUGAGUGUGGAAGCUGAACAUCUCACAGUCUUUAAUGCAUUUAAUCUCACAACACCCCUAUGAUAUAGAAAAGUGCUGAUUUCACAGAUGGGAAACUGAGGCAUGGAAAGACUGGAGCAGCUUGCUCAAGGUUACACGGGAAGUCUGUCAGCGCCGGGAACUGAAAAUAAGCCUCCCUAGUCCUCUGCUUGCAUCUUAACCACUGGGCCGUUCCCCCUUCCAAUAAUCUCUUCUACCUGGUUCAGCUGUUUCCUUGACUGCACUGCGAGCAGUGUGAGAAUUGAGCUAGUAUCCUGUACCCAUGCUCACCACCUGUGCCUGCAAUUUUCUUUUGUGUGCCCUGUGGGAAGAAGGUAAGGAAGCGGGCACUUUUGUGGCUCCUGUGGCAUCCCUGAGAUUGGCUGAAUGGCUGUAAAUAUGCCAGUAUGUAAGUGACUGGAGCAUCCUUCCAUCAGGCAGAAAACAUCUGUGUAUGGCUCCUGGAAAAGGCUUGGUGUCCAAGUCGUCUCCCAAGAAGCCUCGUGGCCGGAACAUAUUCAAGGCGCUUUUCUGUUGCCUCCGCACCCAGAAUGUUGGUCAGUCGGGCUGCGGCGGGGAGCAUGCACUGCACAAGGAGGAACCCAGCACCAUCGCUAAGUCCGAUCUGCUGCAGUGUCUUCAGUACCAGUUCUACCAGAUUCCCGGGACGUGCCUGCUCCCCGAGGUGACUCAGUGGGACCAGGGCAGGAUCUGCGUGGUGAUCGACCUGGAUGAGACGCUGGUGCACAGCUCCUUUAAGCCAAUCAACAAUGCUGACUUCAUAGUGCCUGUGGAGAUAGAGGGGACCUUGCACCAGGUCUAUGUGCUCAAGAGACCCUUCGUGGAUGAAUUCCUGAGGCGGAUGGGGGAGCUGUUUGAGUGUGUCCUCUUCACUGCCAGCCUGGCCAAGUACGCCGACCCGGUGACGGACCUUCUGGACAAGUGCGGCGUGUUCCGUGCGCGGCUCUUCCGGGAGUCCUGCGUCUUCCACCAGGGCUGCUACGUCAAAGACCUCAGCCGCCUGGGCCGGGACCUGCACAAAACGCUCAUCCUGGACAACUCGCCGGCCUCCUACAUCUUCCACCCGGAGAACGCGGUGCCUGUCCAGUCCUGGUUUGAUGACAUGGCGGACACAGAGCUGCUCAACCUCAUCCCCAUCUUCGAAGAGCUGAGCGAAGCUGAGGACGUUUAUACCAGCCUCGGCCAGCUGCGGGCGCCAUAGAGCUUCCAGCGCCCUGGCGGCCCAUUUCUGCAGGGGACUUUCACUCAGUGCCUUCGCUAGCAGCCGGGAGGAGGUGGUCGGGCCCCAGUGGCAGUGCCAGAGCCCUCGCCUCUCGGACCGGGGCGCAGGACGGGAUGUUGGAUUGCAGAGCGGGGAAAUCUCUGUAGCCCCGGUCACGGGUCUGAGCCCAUCCCCUGGUAGCCCUGGGGUCUCUGCACUGCGGGGUGCAGGGCUCCCCACACUCCGACUCGCAAACGGGGCUCUGCUUCCCACCCCGCUUGCCUCCCUGACACACAGCGCCUGCGGAUUCCGCACGGGGGGCCUGGCUGGGUGACUCCUGCCAUGGGGGGUGGGGAGGGUUGUGCAUCCCAAUGCCUCCCCUCUCCCCCUACAUGCAACCGCCUGAACAGCCAGCCAGCCUCCCGGCAGGACGGCACUCCAGCGCUCCAAGGGCACACGCCAGCUGCCCCCGGCCCCUGGAGGCGUUGCACAUGGCGGGGCAGCUGCUGCGGCACCUUUGCUGUGGCUUUCUCCGAAUCCUAGUCCCACUGCCGGUGCCUGGGGCUGGGCCAGAGCCCUGCCUUUGCCGUCCCCACCUCCCAGUCUCGUCCUCCCAUGUGGAGCCACUGAUCCCAUUCCCUGUAACCCUCUCCUCCAGGAUGCACCUGCUGAGGAGCUGGAGCCAGGCCUGUCUGGGGUCAGCAUCCCACUCCCCAGUUCCUCCCCGCCCCAGUGAGGCCCAGGGUGACUCAUAUCCUGAGGGAGCCUCUCCAUCCUCUCUUGUCCCUUAGCCUGCUGGGUCUCCAGCCCAACCAGAUUCCUCCUCCCUGGCCUGGAUCCCAGCCUCGGGCCAGCGUUGCUCUGAAGGAUGUUCCUGGAGCAGCCCCGUUGCCCAGUGGAGCCGAGAUCCUUGCCUCAUACCAAUUGCCGCUCGGCUCCAAAGGACGGGGAGAUGCUGAGAGCGGCCCAGCCAGAGGUUGCCGAGUUGACGGGUAACUUUAAACCAAAGCCACGCUCCACCUCCCUAGCUGGAUUAGCCCAAAGCAGGGGCCGGGGGGAGCACCUUUGAGCUGCAGGGAGAGGGUCCCAUUGGCCUCGCGCUGCUACAGUCCAAAGCCGCGUCCUCCAUCUCGGGGACCAGGCCCACCGCCCUGCCUUAACUGCUGCCCUCCAUCCGGGGCAUGGGGCCCCCGGAACCAAGCUGCAUCCUCCUCCUCCACCAGACUGCGUGGGCAAAGACUGUAACGUCCCCUCCGUGGGGUGCCGAAGGGGUCGGGAGCCACAUAUUCAGUGCGAGAAGCCCCCCACUGAAGUCCCCGUGGGGUGACGUCUUCAGCUUCAACAGCUCCUGCAGGUGGUCUCAGGAAACGCCCCCUGGAGCUGAGCCCUUGGGCGAUACGAGACUUUGGCACCAGCCUCCACUCCACCGUCCACCCCCAGCUCAGCUUGACUUCCCCAGACCAGCCUGGCGAGGCAGGGCCCUUCCUCUGCCCUCCGGCUCUCGGAUCUCCCAGCAUUCCACCAAGGUGGUGCCACAACACAACCCUGCAAGGCCCGGAGGCAUCUGCCGGGGCUGGAGUUUGUGGCAUGUCAGAGCCGUGGCCACCCCGACGAGUGGUGGCUGCUCCAGCCACCUCUGCCACUCCGGCAUCGGCAGCCGCCCCUCUCCAUCUCGGUGCCUUCCCCUCCCUGCUGCACCUUCCGCUUUGGCCUUUCCAAAGAGAACCAGCUCUUCGUCCAAGCCAAAUGUCCACCGGGUUGCAGGCAGUAUCCCCGCUCCUGGGGGGUGAGCCCCGAGGGGGCUCUCGGGAGGGUUGGGGCCUGGCGCACAGUCCCUCCGGACUGGCAGCAGGACGGACUCUGCUGGGCUGUUACACCGUCAAAUGCCAUUAGGCCGCAGGCCGGUCCCUGCUGUGCCGGGGGCACCCCCGUCUGGGCCUGGCCCCCGUGUCUGACCCACUUCACUUCCGUGAGCCAGAUCCGGAGGCAGCUGUGCCCCAUGGCCAGCUCGGGCUGGCAGCUUUGUGGGUCACUGCCAAGCCCCAGACUCGAGCGGGGGCACCAUGGGACCAAAACUGUGAGACCCGUGCCUGGCCGGGCCCUGGGGCAGGCCGCCCCCCUUUCUGACCUCGGGGGGUGCUGUUCUCAGGCCCAGCUAGGAAGGGCCGGGACCUGUCCGAGUGACUCAGAAGGAGCAGGGCCGCCAGCCUAGGCUGGGGGUCGGAGGAGCCGGGUGCAGUGUGUGGGGCGAAUGGAAACCUCCCCCCCCCCCCCCCGCAGGUCUCCUCUGCCCCUCAGUGACCGGAUCCUUACAGGGGAGAUGUUAGUGUGUGCUGGGAGCGGGGACUCCAGCUGUGCAGGGGGAGCCCGGCAGGGAGCAGUGGAGCACCAGGACUGAUGGGUGGCGGGGGGGGGGGCACCCCAGCUUAUACUAAAUACAGGUUUCCUCUCCCCCCUCGAAUUCCCUCCCCCCUUGGGAACGCAACUCGAGCUUCUCAGGACCCUUCCUCCCCAGCCUCUGAUGUGGCUUGAAAUGCCCCUUCUAGGGUGUGAAAUUGGUCCCCUUGUUUGCUUCCCCUCCCCCCAGGUGGGGGAACCAUCUCACUCCUAUCUCGGGGUUACCGCAUCUGACCUGUUCUUCCUCCCGCCCCAGCCCCACCCCUGCACAUACCUGGGGGACCUCCCCCAGCAUCCAGUCCAGCCCCACUCCUGUCAACGGCCUCUGGUGAGUUACCCCGCAAUGCGCGUGGCCGUGGGAAAUCCCCACCCC